GAGUGUGAGGUGUUGGCUAGUCUUUGAUGGAAUCUUCUUCCGUUUGCUUGCACACUCCUUGAGUACUCCAUGAAUGCUGUCACAAAAGGCAUCGAUGCAAUUUCCACCACCCGUGUCCUAAUCCAAGGAGAAAACGCUUGCUCACCCACUCACGCUUCAACCGGAAAACCGGUUUCUCGGACAUUUAGUGGGAACGGGGCAGGAGUGGACAUUGUUGUUUCAAGUGUCAAGGCCUAUAUUGGAGCAUUAAACAAGAUGCUAGGUUUCAAAGAUAGGGACUCCACAAAGGCCUCUGAAGAAAGAAUCCCUGUGUCUAUGUAAAGAGAUGAAGGAACUCAGUGCAAGUCAUGGACCAUCCAAUGAUUACUCUGCGAAUUCACUUUUUGUGCAAAGGUUUGAAAAGAAUUAGGGACGAUACUCCUUUAGUUGAUUUGUUAUGUACCGCGAUAGAACUGCUGUUAUUAUCAAUUUUGGUCCCGUUCGUUUCGUUAGUUCGAAUUAUGACUUAAGUUUUUACUUUUACGUUUUCUCAAAAAAAUUCAAAUUCAACAUUUAUUGUUACAAUUUUCUCUCAUAAUAAGUUAUAAACUC